AUGAAUAGUACAGAGAUAACACAGAAAGAGGACAAUAGUCUUAAUCCAAAUCCUACAGAUAUGGAAUUUAUUCUCACAAAAUCUGUGAAUAAGAGGAGAAAAACGAAAGCCAACAAGUUAACCGCUCAUAAAGAUGUAGCCGCUGCACCUCGUCCAAAAAGGAGAACUACACCAUUAUCCGAAAGCAAUAGAAGUAAAGAAAAUAUUAUUUGUAACACCAGGAAACCUCCAGAAACAGGAGUUCACAGUACAGAACAGAAAGAAAAUUUUCAAAACACGAUCCUUGAGCAAAUUCUUCAAAGACUCAGUGCGAUAGAGCUAAGGCAGA